GUUUCUGAGUAAAAUUUCUUUCCUCGUGGUGUAUCUCGUAUAACAUUUAAGCCAAGUAUUAAUCGUCAGCAUUUGACGCAGUGCGUUAGUUGUAAAUUAGAAAUUGCCAGGAGUAUCGAAUAGUUAGUGGAAAAUUAAUUAUAAACGCGAAAGUACCUUUAUCUGAUAUUAGAAUCGCGGACAAUUCGAAGAAAUAAAUAAAUUAACACGGCUAUAUUUCAACGUACUGCUAAGAGACCAUAAAAACUUGACAUUGGAACGGCCAUUUUGGCGUGUUGUUUCCUAAUCGAGUGCUGCGCACAGCAUCGAUAUCCAUCCAUUUCGAGGAAGUAGAUACAUUACGUUGCUUCCAAGAUGAUGACCGAAACACAUAUGAAUUCAAACCACAUGCUUAAUUCUGCUCUCAAUGCGAAAACAGAAUUAGAAAAGAUGGACGAUGUAGGUUGGAAAGCCAAACUAAAAAUUCCACCAAAGGAUAAACGCAUAAAGACUAGUGAUGUCACUGACACACGUGGUAACGAGUUUGAAGAAUUUUGCCUGAAACGAGAGUUGCUAAUGGGUAUCUUUGAAAAGGGUUGGGAAAAACCAUCUCCAAUUCAAGAAGCCAGUAUCCCCAUUGCUUUGUCUGGUAAAGACAUCUUGGCUCGAGCUAAAAAUGGUACUGGUAAGACUGGAGCAUAUUCGAUUCCAGUACUCGAACAGGUCGACCCUCGAAAAGAUGUAAUUCAAGCUUUAGUAAUUGUACCUACCAGAGAGUUAGCCCUUCAAACAUCACAAAUAUGUAUUGAACUUGCAAAACAUAUGGAUAUUAAAGUAAUGGUAACUACCGGUGGUACCAAUUUACGUGACGAUAUAAUGAGGAUUUAUCAGAAAGUACAAGUAAUAAUAGCAACACCAGGAAGAAUUCUUGAUCUUAUGGACAAAAACGUUGCGAACAUGGAUCACUGCAAAAUAUUAGUUUUGGAUGAAGCAGAUAAGCUUUUGUCGCAAGAUUUUAAGGGAAUGUUGGAUCAUGUCAUUUCUAAAUUGCCACACGAACGUCAGAUUUUGCUAUAUUCAGCCACCUUUCCAUUAACUGUGAAACAGUUUAUGGAAAAACAUUUGCGAGAUCCAUAUGAGAUUAAUUUAAUGGAAGAAUUAACAUUAAAAGGUGUAACGCAGUAUUAUGCCUUUGUACAGGAACGACAAAAAGUUCACUGCCUUAACACGCUAUUCUCGAAGUUGCAAAUAACACAGAGCAUAAUCUUCUGUAAUUCGACACAACGCGUAGAAUUACUAGCAAAGAAAAUAACGGAUCUUGGAUAUUGCUGUUAUUAUAUACACGCGAAAAUGGCACAGGCACACAGAAAUCGUGUAUUCCACGAUUUUCGAGCAGGAUUAUGUCGGAAUCUGGUGAGCAGCGAUUUGUUCACUCGGGGUAUUGACGUACAAGCUGUUAACGUUGUAAUCAAUUUUGACUUUCCUAAGAUGGCAGAAACGUAUCUGCAUCGCAUUGGUCGAUCAGGAAGGUUUGGCCAUUUAGGUAUAGCAAUUAAUCUAAUCACGUAUGAGGAUCGUUUUAACUUACAUCGUAUCGAACAAGAGCUUGGAACAGAAAUAAAACCUAUCCCUAAAGUGAUAGACCCCAGUUUGUAUGUAAUAAGACCUGAAGACAAUAAUAGUAUGGAAGAGGGUAAUGUGUCCAAGUAGUUUCGAUAUGGAAUCAUAACUAAGUUUGGAAUGCACCUCAGGAAAAGUUUCAAGUGUUAAAAUAGUGAUUGUGUCUCGUAAAUGUAUAAGGCAUAAUGUUGCUAUGCAUUGAACUCGCAGAGUGAAACAUAACUUAACUUUGAAAAGAUAAUUUUUGUCGGGUGUGUAUUACCAGUGUAUAAAAUAAGAAAACAAAAAACCACAAGGAAGAAAACAAUGGUGCAUAUAAUAUGAUGAUUAAUAACGAUGAUGAUAAUGAUGAUGAUGUUAGAUCAAAGUGCUGUGUGUAGAAAUGAAAAAAAAAAAUUGAGAAAUUUAAUUAUCAUUAUAUUAGGAUUCGGGCAAACGAAUUACUUGUAUAUAAGAGUGUACUGGUCUGGUGUGUUGAGAGGACGUGAUAAUGAAAAACAGUGAACUUGAUUUAAGUGAUGUGUGAAUGAGUUUAGUAUGAGUGAUGAUAUUCUUUGUACAUAAAUACAUUUAAAUGUACAUAAAGUAAACCACACGUCAGAGUCAAGCCAUUAUCAAGAGCACAAUGAAUUCAACCGAUAUGCGGAUUAAAACAUAAUAA